AGGGAGCAAGAAGCUUCAUAUUUGGAGAAUGGUGUAUCUGAUGUCUUUGUUUCAAGAUUUGAUGGCUAUGAUAAUGAUCUUGGUGACGAAGCCCUUUUGCCUUUGCAAGUCAGCAAUUUUGUUUUGUCUAAAAACCACUUUUUUUGUCCUUCAUAGCUGGAUAGAGCUGGUCAAUGUCACUACCAACUUCCAUGUGAACAUGAUAUGCAGAACAAUGUCUUGGACAGUUGCUCUUAUAACUCUUCCUCUACGAGUUUUUACCGCCUUGCAGAGGGAGAGACUGCUGGAACAGCAACUGCAUGAAAUGCAGUUAGAGUUGGAGACUCUUGUCUGGGAUAGGAAGGAACUUGAAGGCCAUCUUCAGAAUGCCAUUAAAGAAUGCAAAAUUAUGGAGUCCAUGCUAGCUGAACUUGAAGAUGAAAAUGACAAAGCUAUGGCAAAAAUUGAAUUAUUAGAGGACGAGUUGCAGUGUCUGAAGGAUGAAACUCUUCAGCUGAAGGAAAUUUGUGGUAAAGAACGGUGGGGUUUUAAAGUUCAUGACAAAGACAAUGGACAAAAAGUUGGCGUUGCUGCUGACAACUAUGGCAUUUCAUAUGGGUUACCGUCAUGGAAAUCCAAUCUUAAGGGGACUGACUUCUUCUUCCAAGAUGUGAUGACACACAAAGACGCUUGGGCAGGUGAAAGCAAGAAUAAUACUGAAUUUCUCAAUAUCUUAAAGACUGGAAUUGCAGCGAGCAGCGAAUCCAUCCACUCUUAUAUACCUGGUUUUAUCCCACGAAAUAUAGGAAUGAUUGAAGUGCUUGACCAGAGAAGUGGAAUUGCACUUUCACAGUCUCUUUUUAGUGCGGUGUUAUCGCUUUUGGUUGGAAUGAUUAUCUGGGAAGCUGAAGACCCUUGCAUGCCACUUGUGGUGGCUCUUUUCACAGUGGUUGGCAUGUCACUGAAAAGCGUUGUUCAGUUUUUCUCCACCAUUAAGAACAAACCUGCUUCUGAUGCUGUCGCUUUAUUAAGCUUCAACUGGUUUAUACUCGGCACACUGACAUACCCAACACUGCCAAAAGUUGCCCGCAUGUUGGCUCCCCUCACCAUCAGGUUUGUAGGUCAGACAAUGAGCUGGUUUGGUUUCUCGACACAAUAGCUUAAUCUACUUGAUUCCUAGAAAUCACCUAACCAUGUAUAAUGUUAAUAUCUUUCUGUCA